AUGCCACAUUGCCUCAUGUCCCCACCUUUUCCCAAGGUUUGUGGGUGGGGGUUACAAUUGACAAGUGGAAAAGAAUGUCUGUGUACAUGGGACACUUUAUUAAAUGAAUUAAUUCCCGUUUUAGAAAUUAGGGCAAACAAAGGAGAUGGAAAAAGAAGUCUAUGUUUUACUCCUAGCCCAAAUUCAAAAAGGCCACCUGAUAAGAGAGCAAAGAACUUAAACUAUAAUGAAGGUAUAUAUUGAUAAUUGUUUUUGACCAAUUACUAUUAUUUCUAGGUUGGAUAAUAAAACAGUUAUAUAACAACAUACAUAAUUAUUAUAUAAAUUAUAUUAUAUAGAUAUACGUCAAUCUUUAGCAUCAAAUUUUGCAUAUGAAGAAGGCUGUGUCACUGGAGUUGAUGAUAUCCUAGAUAUUGUACAAAGUGACCUUGGAAGGCCAAUACGUCGUGUAGACCUGUAUAAAGCAAUCAGUGCACUGUUUGGAGAGAAAACUGAAAAGAAAUAUAGAAAAACAGCUGGCAGUCAAUGUGAUGGCAAAGAUAAUAGGAAGAAAAUGUAUCCUUUCCUAUAA